AUGUGCAGCCAUCAGGCGGACAAUCACGGAGUAGAAAUGAGCAGCAGCAGCGCGGAGUGUGCGGACAUUAAAAAAGUUAAACACGUGAAGAGCAGAGCGGGCACUCCGAUGAGGGUCUCUGACGACUGGCUACCCAAUGCUCUCUUCUUCUUCUCGGAAAUGGCGCAACAUGGCCAGUUUGAUUUUGACAUCCAGUAUUUGACCAUCAACAAGACCACACAGACAUGUUGGUCAGUGGAGUGGAAGACAUGGAUUGAGCCACACGGCACAGAUGAAGUUAAAUCUUGGCUAUCCCAAAACUUCUUAUCUUUAAAUGAAGAGAAGACUGAGGUGAUAGUCUUCAGCCCUUCUGAACAUAUGAAGGCCCCGGAAUUUGACCUGGGACCUUUAUCAGCUUUCAGGUCUUCACAGGUUCAGAAUCUGGGUGUCCUAGAAAAAGAAAAAGCUGCUGUUUGCUGGAACAUCUCAAUGGAUGUGAAACAGGACACCUGUGAUGUGGACGCAAAUAUCAUGGAGAAAACUGUAAAUAUUAAGGAAGAGGACUGUGAUUGGAAGUCCAUCUACCUGAAACAGGAAAGUCUGAGCAUCAAGGAGGAGGACAGUGAACUGCAGCCAGUGGGCAUUAAAGAAGAACCUGAAGAGAAAUCUGUCAGUAUUGAGAAACAUAUCCAUACAAAUCUGGACAGUGUAAAAGAAGACAACCGUCCUGAUGGCUGUCAAGAUGGAGUGGUGACCAGCUCAGAAAAUAAGCGACCACCUUCAAAGAAGUCUGGAAAAAGAAAGAAAGAUCACUGCUGUGUGGAAUGUGGCAAAGAAUUCUCUAACAGGAGUGCUCUUCAGAAACACACGAGAGUUCACACGGGAGAGAAGCCAUAUUGCUGUAAUGAAUGUGGUAAACAGUUUUCACUAAUGGGCAAUCUUCAGAAACACACGAAAGUUCACACUGGAGAGAAGCCAUAUUGCUGUAAUCAAUGUGGUAAACAGUUUUCACAGAUGAGCCAUCUACAGAAACACACGAGAGUUCACACUGGAGAGAAGCCAUAUUGCUGUAAUCAAUGUGGUAAACAUUUUUCACGUAUGAGCAAUCUACAGAAACACAUAAGAGUUCACACUGGAGAGAAGCUGUAUUGCUGUAAAGAAUGUGGAAAACGGUUUUCACAAAAAGGCGAUCUUCAUAUACACACGAGAGUUCACACUGGAGAGAAGCCAUAUUGCUGUAAUGAAUGUGGUAAACAGUUUUCACAAAACUGUGAUCUUCAGAUACACAUGAGAGUUCACACCGGAGAGAAGCCAUAUUGCUGUAAUGAAUGUGGUAAACAGUUUUCACAGAUAGGCAAUCUUCAUAAUCACAGUAGAGUUCACACCGGAGAGAAGCCGUAUUGCUGUAGUCAAUGUGGUAAACAGUUUUCACAAAAAGGCCAUCUUCAGAUACACACGAGAGUUCACACUGGAGAGAAGCCAUAUUGCUGUAAUCAAUGUGGCAAACAGUUUUCAGAGAUGGGCAGUCUACGGAAACACACAAGAGUUCACAACAGAAUAAAAACAGUAGCAGUUCAAAAAUCAGUCCAGAAAAACAAGAACCCUUCAGGACUCAAGAGUGACGUUCAGUCCUGUCAUGAAAAAUAAGCAAACUAAACUAUUGUUGAGAAAUUAAUCUCAAAGAGAAGCCAUAUCGCUGUUUGGAAUGUGGUAAACAAAUCUGUCAGAGCAGUACACUUCAGAGACGCACCAGAAUUCACACCGGAGAGAAGUACAACUGAACUGUCAUGACUAAAGAGUGAGGUUCACUCCUGCCAGGACAGUAAGCACAUGUAACUGACACAAAUUCAUGCUACUUAGUGUUGUGUCAAAAACAGAUCAACAUGGAGGAGAAAUAGAAGUUUAUAUCCUUUUUCCUUUUCCAGAAACAAAAUAAAGAACAGGGCGCCAUACAAACGGCUUCUCACCAAAGUCCCUACAGCCUCCACCGUGCGCCUAGCUCUGUUUUCAUAACAUGCGUAUUACAUAUAGAGCUACUAACAAUAUAUUAUACACAUUUCAUCAGAAAAAAGAAAAAAAAACACUUUACA